AAGCUCGAUCUGGCGUGCUUCUCCGCCGCGGCUUCCUGCCUGUCUGUCGGUUGGCCGCGAUGAGUAGCCUGAGACGGGCGUUGGGAUUGGGCCUGACGGCCGUCUGGCACCGCGGGGGCCCGGGGCCCGGCGGAGGCGCGGGGGCCUUCUCUCGGCGGGCGGCGUCCAGCGGGUUGCUGAGAGUGGAGCGGCCGCGGGGCCGCCGGCGGGUCGAGGUAGUGUUGAGGCCGACGGCGACCGCGAAAGACCCUCUUACGGAGGAAGAGGCGUUUGUGUUCCCGGAGUUUCUCCCGGAGGAAGAGGAGGAUGUGGAGGAACUGCUGAGAAGAUCCGUCGAGAAGGAGGAGGCCCCGCAACGCGCUCCCGACGACCCCCGGCAAAAGCAGCCCCGGAGGAAGAAGCCCCACAAAGCUCCGGGGAGUCCAGAUCCCUCGGUUCCGUCGAGUGGGGUGGGCUGCUCGGGCUGUGGCGCGGAACUGCACUGCCAGGACCCCGCUUUGCCCGGCUACCUGCCCAGCGCCAAGUACCUUAGCCUAGUGGAGAGACCCGGGGAGCCUCCCAGAGAAGGGGAUGAAGGCCAGGGAGAACCCCCAGCUAGAGAACACCCUGAGAAGGCUCUGGAGGAUGCCGUUUGCCAGCGCUGUUGGCUCCUGCUACACCACCAGCAGGCCUUGCAGGUGCAAAUGACCCACGAGGAAUACCGCAAUGUGGUCAGCAGUGCCCUCCAUGGUUCUAACCGCCAUGGCCGCCCACCCCUGGUACUCUGCAUGGCAGAUGUGCUGGACCUGCCCGACUGCCUCCCGCCUGAUCUCCCUGAGCUGCUGGGCAGCCGAGCAAACGUCCUGGUGCUGGGCAACAAGGUGGACUUACUGCCUGGAGAUUCACCUGGGCACUUGAAGCGCCUCCAGGACCGCCUGCUGGAAGCCUGCACCCGUGUGGGCCUGAACCAGUGCAGUGGGGGCCCAAACCAGCGAGUGGUUGGUGUGCACCUCCUCAGUGCCAAGACGGGCUAUGGGGUGGAAGAGCUGAUCUCCAAGAUGCAGAGCUCUUGGAAGUUCAAUGGGGAUGUUUACCUCAUAGGGGCUACCAAUGUCGGAAAGUCGACCCUCUUCAAUACACUACUUCAGUCGGACUACUGCAAGUCCAGAGCUUCAGAUGUGAUCCACAGGGCAACCAUCUCGCCUUGGCCAGGAACUACUUUAAACCUUCUGAAGUUUCCUAUUAUAAAUCCUACGCCUUACAGAAUAUUCAGAAGGAAAGAAAGACUAGCAGUGGAUGCAGCAAAAACUGAAGAGGACCUCAGUGAAAAUGAGCAGAAACAUCUAAAAACCCUCAGAAAGCAAGGCUACUUGAUAGGAAGAGUUGGAAGAACAUUUGUGCUCCCGCAGAAGUUGAAAAAAAACUAUGAAAUUGAAUUUGAUGCUGAAGAGUUAUCUUUCAGUGCCGAGGAAGAGCCUGUUGUUCCAUCCAAACCUACCCCCAAGAAAGCUGAACUCUCAUACAAUGAAGUGAAAGACGCUCGCUGGUUUUAUGACACUCCCGGAAUUAUAAGAAAUGACUGCGUUUUAAACCUCCUGAAUGAGAAGGAAGUCAAGCUUGUCUUGCCGACCCGUGCAAUUGUUCCAAGGACGUUUGUGCUUAAACCUGGAUCUACCUUGUUCCUGGGUGCAUUGGGACGUGUUGACUAUUUACAGGGAGACCGGUCCUCUUGGUUUUCUGUUGUGGCCUCUAAUUCGUUACCUGUACACAUAACGAUGACAGAGAAAGCAGAUGCCAUCUAUGAGAGACAUGCAGGUUGUACGCUACUAAAGGUCCCUAUGGGAGAUAAAGAGCGAAUGAAAGAUUUCCCGUCACUUGUUCCUCAAGAUGUGAUGCUGGAAGGAAAAGGUGAUGCGGAGGCAGUGGCGGACAUAAAGUUUUCAUCUGCUGGCUGGAUUGCCAUCACAGCUCACUUGAACAACAAAAUGCAUCUAAGAUGCUAUACCCCAGAUGGGACCGCGUUGACUGUGCGGAAACCUCCUCUGCUGCCCCAUGUUGUUCAGAUCAAAGGGGAACGUGUGAAAGGAAGCCCAGCCUAUAAGACUAAACAACCCCCUGCCUUUGUGGAGAAUUUAAACACAACUGUUAAAAAGUGAGGGGAAAAUGGCAUCUAAGCGCAGACCAGGUUGGAGUUCUUUCUGUCUCAUUUUUUUUUCAUUGUGAUGGAUGCUACUGGACCCAGUAAGGAAAGUCUCAGAUAAAAUUGCAGCAAGAUUUGUAGGUGGAGAAACAAGACAUAUGUGGUUACUGGCCUGUAAUGAGCGGGAACAGCAUCAAGAAGACAGACAGCAUCUGAGCAACCUCACAGGGGUGUAUCUUUCCUUUUCCAUCAGGCAUUUCUGAGGAACUGAGAGAGCUAAUAAAACACAUGCAUUGCAAUGUUUCCAGCAGCACUUUGCAAAUAAAGUCCCAUUUCCUCCUAAGAACUCAUGACUUGCUGCCACCUGCAGAAAUAAUGAACCAAGCUGAGAAGAUUAAAUGGGUAUCUCUAUGAAGCUGUGGGUGUAAUCUGGAAGUUAAGGAAUUGGAAGCAAAGCCAAGAUCCCAAAAGGAGUAUGGGAGUGGCUAUUCAGUGCACUUGCACUCAGAGGGCUUCUGUUUCAUGACCAUUGCAUUAUUAUAAUAAAUUAUGACUGUUGUGAGACUGUGAGGUUUGAAUUAAGCAUGACACCGGCUGAAGUAAAAGUGCCUUUCCUUGGGACUUUGUGCUUGCAAAGCACAAGGCACUGUGCGUAAGUAGCUGAGUCCCACGGGAAAGCAUGUUUGCCUUAGCCAGUUCCCAUUCAGUCAGGCCUUCAAAGUGGAGAGAGCAAACUGUCUGAGAACCCUUCCUCACUUCCACAGUAAAUACUGUGGAUCACCAGAAGAAGGGUCAGUAUGGUAAACUCCUGUUGAAGUCAAGUCGGAAGUCAAAAAUUAUGAAGCUGUGUUUUACUUUUUAAUAUUUUUUUUACUAUCAAAUAAAAAUUGACUUCAAGAAGAAAGUAUUGUGGAAUAUACCAAUCCAAUCCAAAAACCUUUAUUAGGCAUAACAUCCAGGAAAUAUCGAACAUUCCAGAUACAUUAAAAGAUCACUGUUACACAUCUUGUAAAACAUGAAUUAAAAAUGUAGCAACUGCU